AUGGUGGUGUCUGGAACACUGACUUUCCAUGUCCAUCGACUCAAUACUGUCAAAGGUGACAAGCCGAACAAAAAGCUAUCUGUGCGUCUGGCUGCAGGCAACAAUUCUGUUCAAUCGAAAUUCCUGACGACUGACACUGAAAUUGAAGAAGUUUUGCGUUUUAACGUCCAAGCAUCGACUGAGUCGGAAGAAGUUCUUAUUGAAUUGCUCGAGGAAGGUGAAGAAAAGCCGAUAGUAUCUGUGCCACAACCACUUGGAGCUUUUAUCCAAGGCGUUGCAAACCAAUGGCUGCCGUGUACGUUCGGUUCCAUGAUAAAUUCACAUACUUUAGAUAUCGUCUAUAGCGCUGAAUGGACGCAAAUGAAGCAAGUCGACAAAAUUGUUCCGUCUGCGGAGACGCACCGGCCGUGGUUCAUGCGAGCCUCGUACUAUUACGAAACGAGCAAAAAUCUGUACGAUUACACGACUAGCUUUCGCGUGGUAAAACCAUUUGCUCAUUUGGGUAAAGCCACAGUCAAUACGGUUUUAGCUACUGUGACUGGGAAGACGCUCUUCGACGUGGAUCAAUCGUUGGUUGUACCAGUGCUAAAUUCGGUUGACAACAAGGUGGAUGCUACAAUUUCAGUGGCGUUCACCAAACUAUAUAAAGGUCAGCAAUUUGCCGUAAACACGAAGAACAAAGCAGUUCGUGGAGUAUCGAAUGUGGUUCGCAAGACCGGCAACACUGCAGUUCGAGCGACAAAUUAUACGACCGACAAAGUGGCUAUGGCAUCGGGUGCGGUGAUUGGCACAAUUGCUGGUGCAACAAAUUUCGCAAGCUCUCAAGUCAAGCACGCGUCGUCGUCAACAUUCGGAGCAGUGCGGGGAGUAACAUAUUCGGUUGCCCGUCAUAUACCCAUUCUCGGGUCCAAAAUACGGGCCUGA